AUGAAUCCCAAUCCAGCUACGCAAGUCGAGGAAUGGCUUACAGUAGGUCGUCUGGAUGCGUCCUUAGCGCUUUUAACCACCAAGAAUCACCAUGUUAUUGAGUUUCCAACAAUGCUGCUACCGGACAACAUCAAGGCAGGAACUAUUGUCAAAAUUCAAGUUUCUGAAGACCAAGAAUUGCAGCAACAGGAGCUUGAGCGAUUCGAAUCAUUACAAGACGAGAUUAUGGAGAAAUAUGGUACUCACAGACCUCAAAAGCCAGUGCUGAAAAGCAUAAAUGUCACACAAACAAGUGGAGUUCUCGGAUGGGAUCCGUUAGAGCUGGGAUCUGCUCAAUUGAAAUCAUUGGUGCUGUAUAAAGACGGUGUGCGGUCCUUGUUGAUACCUAACCCGUAUAAAACAACGGCUACAAAAUUCUCGGGGCUUUCAGUAGACAGCGAAUACAGUUUCCAGCUCAAACUGAGCACUACUUCGGGUGAUCUGUGGUCAGACAAAAUCGUUCUUCACACGCACAAAAUGACCGACAUGUCCGGUAUAACGGCUUGUUUGGGCUCUCUCGAUGCUGUACAAAAUGUCACUGCAGCUCACAUCGAGGCCAGUUUGAAGAAUAUUGGUGCCAAACCCAUGCAAUCGCGCGUUACUUUGGACACCACUCAUUUCAUUUCUAAUGAAAAAGAUGGUGACGAUUCAGAGUUGAAAAAGGCUCAACAAAGCAACAUACCGAUUGUAAGACCCGAAUGGGUAAGAGCUUGCGAAUUGGAGCGGAGAAUCGUUGGUGUCCGCGGUUUUUACCUAGAUGCCGAUCCAAUUAACAUCGAAGGCUAUAAAUUCACAAAGCUACCCUCUGAGGUCCCUGAAAACCUUCAACCUGGAAAGCCUUCAACAUCAACUCGUGGUCCAGACAGCGAGGUGCCUCAAACGGAGAUCUCUGCGGAUUCCGCAGCGAUAUCCACGGCUUCGCUCAAAAGUGUUACGGGUGCUUUAGCACCUGUUCCAUCCCAACCUCAAGAGAGUGGAAGCGUACAAGAAACUGCUGACUCUAAUUCGGAACAGCGGCCGUCCGAGUUAGGCGCAGAAGAAAGUCAGCAAGAAAGUCAGCAAGAAAGAGCGGAGAUUGAGCAGGCAAAUGACCAAGUGAAAGACGUUCUGGCCUCUGAACAAACGUUGGAGAAUAUUGGCGAGAAGGGUGCAGAACUUAAUGAGGUGAAGGAGAAUGACGAUGGCCAGAACGAUGAUGACAACAACGAUAAGGACGCUGAAGAAAACCAAGACCAGAAAAACGAUGAGUUCAGGUCAGGUACCGAAAAUGAAAAUACCAAGACCGUAAAUGGUGGUGAGAUCGAAACUAAGACGGAGAACAACAGUGAAGUCGCGAGUAAGAAAGAAGACGAAACCACCGAUGACAUGGGCAAUCUGGAGGUCACUGGAGAAAAUGUUGUGCUAAAUGACGAAAGCGAGGAACCAAUUGUUAAAGGAGAUGAACUAUCGCCGCAUUUCGGGGAACCUGGUUCACAGGUCGCUAUUGCCUCAGAAGAGAUAAACAUGGGCGUCGAUGAAGAGGUCGGCAAUGACAGUGGUGUUAAAGAGAAGCCCUUCGAUAUCACUCAAGCAACAGAGCCGACACAACCAUCUGAACAAAUUGACACUCAAGAUAAGACAGUAACUGAAGCUGAAGCUUCAACGGAAGCUGUAGCUGCUGAGAACAGCGCUGUUGCAGACGCUUCCGGAUUGGUCGACAACACAGCCCCAAUAGAGAUACCCAAUCAGCGGGAAAAACUACACGGCGAUGAAAUCGAAGCAAAUGCCAAAUCUGAGGUGGAGGAAAGUAUACCUGAAGCUGUGGUCGCAGAUGUAAGUCAUCCUUCAGGUCCGAACGAAAUUUCGGAACCAUCGGCAGAGCUGGAACAUGAAAUAAACGGGGAGGACGGUGAAGCUGAAAGUACGCCAGAACCAGCGCUCAACGCCACAAACGGGGCGCAAACAACCGGCAAGAAGAAGAAGAACAAAAAGAACAAGAAGAAGGGCAAGAAGUAA